AUGACAACUACAAUGCAAAUAUUGAUUGUGCUUUGCGCCGUGGCCGCUAUAAACGCGACACCUGUUCUAAUUAAACGAUUUAUAGAAGAUUUGAAAUGCUCGUCCUCAGUUGCAAAUAAAGAAAUAUGUGACCUAUUAAAGAAACAAAGCGCCGGGAACGUGACAGAAAACCAACAUGGCAUCCGACAUAAAAGGUCGCAAUCAACAUGCCCCGUUUUGUCCGACGAAUAUUUACUAACUCACACAAGACAAGAGGAAAGAAGUUUGUCGCCAUAUGUGAUAGAAGAUGACAUUGAUAGGUUAAGAAUCCCUAUGGUGCUUCCACGAGCAAGAUGUUUAUGUGAUGGCUGUAUCGACAUGUCCAGCAGACGAGAAAACUUCUCCUUUGCGUCUGUGCCUUUGAAACAAUCAUUCACAGUCAGGAAAAGAAACACAGAAAACGGUCCAUUGGAAACUGUUACACAAACCAUUACCGUUGGUUGUACUUGUGUUGUGCCUCGUAGAAUUAGCCAAUAA